GCGGACGCGCUGUGGGGCCUGGCGGGCGGCGGCGGCGGCGGCCGGGACGCGGGGCGGGAGCCCGGACGGGCACGAGGCCCCGAGCCGGGUGCGGCCCGCGGGCGGCGGAGGAGCCAUGGCGGAGGCCGCGCCGCAGCAGCUGUCGCUGCCCUCGGGGCUGCUGGAGCUGUGCGCGCUGCUGGGAGCCCCCAGGGACAGCCUCCGCGGCCCGGAGCAGGUCGCCCAGAAAAAAGGAGGUAGAAAUCUUUCUUCUCUCAAUCCAGAGGUUCUGUCUGUCUUCGUGCCUCCUUUCGUCUGCAAAGAGGACAGCCAGGCGGCUGGUGCAGGCUGUGCCACUCUGAACAAAGCCAGGCGGCGCUCCUUGAGGAAGAAGAGAGAGAAACCCAAAGCAGAGCACGGGAAGGGGUUCCCGGGGGACCCGAAGGUGCUGGAUGCGGAAGAUGUCAGCAUCCCCAACGACGUGGACCUCCUGGCCCUGCCCCAGCUGUGCUUCCCAGGAGGCAUGUGCGUGGCCUCUGAGCCGCAGGAGGACCACAUCCACUUCCUGGUCCUGACCGAUGUCUGCGGGAACAGGACCUAUGGCGUGGUGGGGCAGUUCUACCGGCCCCUGCAAGACGGACACUGCUUCUACAACGGCAAGGUGCACUGGGCGCCGUCCAGGCAGACGGUGGGCGCUGCGGGCUGCUUCGCGCCCUUCGCCGUGUGCGUCAUUUCCCGCCACCCCUACUUCACCGCCCUCAAGGACUGCCUCUCCUGUUUAUUGACUCAUCUGAAGCUCUGUAAAGACUUUGAAGUUGAUGAUCACAUAAAAGAUUUUGCUGCAAAACUAUCUUUAAUACCUAGUCCGCCACCAGGACCGCUCCAUUUGAUAUUUAACAUGAAGCCACUGCAGGUUGUAUUUCCUUCCCGAGUGGAUCCGGAAAGCCCCAUCAUCGACUUCGACCUCCACCUGCCCUUACUGUGUUUCAAACCUGAGAAGGUGUUACAGAUCCUCACCUGCAUGCUGACGGAGCGGCGGAUCGUGUUCUUCUCCUCCGACUGGGCGCUGCUGACCCUGGUGGCCCAGUGCUUCCUGGCCUUCCUCCACCCCCUGCAGUGGCAGCACACGCUUGUGCCCAUCCUUUCGGGCCAGAUGCUGGACUUCGUCAUGGCCCCCACGUCCUUCCUCAUGGGCUGCCACCUCGAUCACUUUGAAGAAGUCAGCAAGGAAGCUGACGGAUUGAUCCUGAUAAAUAUCGACAGUGGAAGCAUCACCUGCUCCAGAUCCCUGGAUGGCAAUGUCGGCAUUCCUGACGUCCCUCUCCUGGCGGCUCAGACGUUUGUUCAGAGGAUCCAGGGCCUGCAGCUGCAUCAGGAGCUGGAGCUGGUUCACCUGGGCUCCAGCACAGAUCUGCAGGAGGGGCGGGAGCGCACACGGGCCUGGCAGCAGAGGCUCAACUGCCAGAUACAGCAGAUCGCGCUGCAGCUGCUCGUCAGCAUCUUCAGGGAAGUGAAGAAUCACUUAAAUUACGAGCACAGAGUAUUUAAUAGUGAGGAGUUUCUCAAAACCAGAGCCCCAGGGGACCAGCAGUUUUAUAAACAGGUCCUGGACACCUACAUGUUUCAUUCCUUUCUGAAAGCCCGGCUCAGCAGAAAGCUGGACGCCUUCGCUCAGAUGGAGCUGCGCACGCAGUCCGAGGAGGACAGGCUCAACGGCAUGUUUGCAAGUCCAAGGAGACCAACGGUGGAGAAGAUGGCCUCGCGGAAGUCGACCCCGCUGCACGCGGGCCACCGGCGGAUGGUGGUCAGCAUGCCGAACCUGCGGGACAUCGUGGUUCUCGAGCCACCGCCCAGGAACGCGUCGCUUCGGAACUUCGACCCCUCGGACGCCCCCAGCAGCAGAGCAGUUCUGGACGUGGCCCCGAGAUCGGUGUGGACGUUCAAGAUUCCAGAGGUCCACUUUCCCCUGGUGGGCCAGUGCGUCCACGCGUACUACGACGACUUCGUCAGCCUCCUGAGCAGAGCCAUGGACUUCCUGGCUCCCGACAACUCCGUGCUGCUGGCGCGAUAUGUCUACCUCCGAGGGCUCGUCCACCUGAUGCAGGGGAAGCUGCUCAGCGCCCUCUCGGAUUUCCAAAACCUGUACAAGACGGACGUCCGGAUUUUCCCCACCGACCUCGUCAAGAGGACGGUGGAGGCCCUGUCGGGCCCCGAGCGCGCCCAGGCCGAGAGGAUGCCCGAGCUGCGGCGGCUGAUCAGCGAGGUCGUGGACAAGCCCAGGGAGGCCACGAAGGCCGAUGACCACGUGAAGAACUUCGAGCUGCCCAGGAAGCACAUGCAGCUGGACGACUUUGUGAGGAGGAUCCAGGAGUCCGGGAUCGUGACGGACGCCCACAUCAUCACCCGGCUGUUUGAGGCGUUGACUGUAGGACACCAGAAACAGAUUGACCCGGAAACAUUCAAAGAUUUCUACACCUGCUGGAAGGAAACGGAAGCGGAGGCCCAGGAGGUGAAUCUGCCUCUGUCAGUGAUGGAGCACCUGGAUAAAAACGAAUGCGUCUACAAGCUGUCGCGCUCCGUCAAGACGAACCGCGGCGUCGGCAAGAUCGCCAUGACGCAGAAGCGCCUGUUCCUGCUGACGGAGGGGUGGCCCGGCUACGUGGAGAUCUCCACCUUCAGGAACAUAGAGGAAGUCAGAAGUACCACAGUGGCUUUUCUCCUUCUGAGAAUACCCACCUUAAAAAUUAAAAUGGUCUCCAAAAAGGAAGUCUUCGAGGCGAAUCUGAAGACGGAGUGUGACCUCUGGCACUUGAUGGUGAAGGAGAUGUGGGCUGGGAAGAAGCUGGCGGACGACCACAAGGACCCGCAGUACGUGCAGCAGGCGCUGACGAACGUGCUGCUGAUGGACGCGGUGGUGGGCACGCUGCAGUCACCUGGCGCCAUUUACGCUGCCUCCAAGUUAUCACACUUUGACAAGAUGAAGAACGAAAUGCCCAUGGCCGUUCCAAAAACCACCUCAGAGACACUGAAGCACAAAAUAAAUCCUUCUGCAGGAGAAACGUUCCCUCAAGCCAUUGACGUCUUGCUGUACACCCCAGGGCAUCUUGACCCAGCAGAAAAAGUUGAAGAUGCUCACCCCAAAUUAUGGUGCGCGUUAAAUGAAGGCAAAGUGAUCGUGUUCGACGCGUCCUCGUGGACCGUUUACCAGCACUGCUUUAAAGUGGGCACUUCUAAAUUGAACUGCAUGGUGAUGGCCGAGCCGAGCCAGGUGUGGGUGGGCUCCGAGGACUCCAUCAUCUACAUCAUCAACGUGCACAGCAUGUCCUGCAACAAGCAGCUCACCGACCACCGCGCCAGCAUCACUGGCCUAGUGGGCCAGGACGGGAGGCAGGCCCCCAGCAGCGAGGUGUACUCGUGCAGCGCAGACGGCACGGUGCUGGCCUGGAACGUGAGCACGCUGCGGGUCAACAGCAGGUUCCAGCUGCCGCGUGGCGGCCUCUCAUCCAUGCGGCUGCACGAUGGCCGCCUGUGGUGCUGUACGAGUGACAGCAUCAUUGUCAUGACAACGAAUGGAUUUCUUCGUCAAGAACUGAAAAUCGAAGAGAACUUUAGAGCAACCUGCACCUCCUUCCUCAGUUUCCAGCUGAUGCCCGAGCAGAAGCAGCUCUGGGCCGUGUGGACAGGACACAGCGAGGUGGGCGUCUGGAGCCUGGAGGACCUCGGCCGGCCCCCACAGAGGAUCCCCCUGCAGGACUGCUCUGGGGUCAGCUGCAUGAUCAGGGUGAAGAAGCAGAUCUGGGUGGGUGCCAGGGGCCUGUCACAGGGACGAGUCAAAGGGAAAAUCUACGUGAUCGAUGCGGAGAGGAAGACUGUGGAAAAGGAGCUGGUGGCCCACGCGGACAUGGUGACGACCCUGUGCUCAGCCGAGGACAGAUACGUGCUGAGUGGCUCAGGCAGGGAGGAAGGGAAGAUCGCCAUCUGGAAAGUUGAAUAAACAUGGGUAAAACCCAACAGAAAGGUGCUCCGCAGCUGGGUGCUGGGAGCCGGCCCAGCCCUGCUGCUGGCGGGUGGGGGGAGGCAGGAAGCUCGGGGCAGGUGGGCACAUGCUGGCCGGGUGUGGCCGGGCGUCCCCCGCAGGGCCUCAGCGAUGGAACCGGGGGCCCCGCGCUCCCUCUCUCCGACCUUCCAGCUCCGGGACUGAGCCCUGCCCAGCGAGCUCCCCACCUGGGGGCUUCUCCGAGCAGCUGCCGGGCCUCUGGGUCCAGGACCAGGGCUGUCCCAGAGCCCCUGGAAACACGUCUCCCAAACCCCAUGGUGGCCUGCACCCCCCAGGUCUGGUUUCGCCUGUCCCCCCACUUUGUUCGUUCAUUCGACAAGGGCCGGUUGAGCCCAGGUUUACGCUGGGCCCCGAGCGUGUGCAGAUGACCUGGGGAGUCCUCCAGCUGCGCGGUGAUUUCCAGUCUCCAGUGAGGCUUAGAAAAGCCGGGUUAUGGCCUUUUAAGGCCACCAGGCCGUGGCUGAACCAGCUUGGGCCCGCCCAGGAGGGCGGCACAGCCCAGGCAAGCUCCGCCUUUUUUCUUUUUCUUUUUAAUUAAUGCAAAAUUUUUAUAAUAAACCUGAGACCCUUUUUCUACCAAAGAUAACAGAAGUAAUUUUUAAGAGACAAAUCUGCAUUGAAAAUAUUAUGUAUUAUCUAUUGGCCAGUAAAGUCACCACCACAUCAUCCUGUACAUCUGAAUUGCACACACACGUGUACGUAUAUAGAGAUGGUGCGACACCAUUUAACUGGAAGAGACCUUAUGAGCUCUGAAAUGACUGAGUACCUGCAGGAACAGGAGUUGCACAUCUUUAUCCUCCUGCGGAGACUGCAUUCCUUAAAGGUUCUGUACGAAGGCCUCGGCGAGGAUGUGGGACAGGGACAGCUGAGGGCUGCUGCCCGUCUCCCUCUGGACAUAGCCGAGUGCUUGGCCACGGAGCCGCCACUGGCCCUGGGUCUCAGGACUCCAGCCAGGCCCAGGCCAUGUGCCCUGGGAGGUUCCGAGGUCCUCUGCCAGCCUCCCCAAACAGGCCAAACCUGAGAAGCAGUAUUUGCAUUGUUUCCAGAAUUGACACUGCGGCUGGGCCCCUGGCCUGGAGCCAUGCGUGGUGGACUGAUUGUCUCCCAAGGCUUGGCGUGAGUAGCUGCCAGCUUCCUGGGGAGUUCUGGGGAAAGGGGCAGGGAGCGGCCAGGCAGCCCAACCCCACCCUGGCGUCUGUGCAGCUGGGCAGGGUCCAGCCUCUGACGGCUGCCAGCACCGAAGAGCAGAGGUUGACUUUUGCUUUUACAAACAAAUUUAAAGUUACAGCAAAAGCCUGGCAGAAAUACAUUUAUAAGCUCUUUAGUCAUUCCACAUGUAACUAGAUAGUUUAAGCCUUUGGUAAUAAAUUAUUUUGAUUAAUAAAUGCUGGUGUCCACUUUCCUUACUUUAUACGAUGUGUGUUGGUAGACAAGGUCUGAAAUCAUAAGCUCAAAUCAAGUUAUUUUCAUGCAGGGUUUUCAUUUCCUCUAUCUGUGGUAAUAAUGUCCAAGAUCUUCUCUGACAGUGAAUGCAUUUGAAACCACCAGUGCAGAAAAACUAGAGGCUUUUAGGAAAUGUCGUUUAUGUAAAAGAGAAGAAGAAGUGAACAGUUAAAAGUGGAAUCAGUGGCUGAGAGCAAGUGUGUGGUUCGAUAUUUAUGUAAAUAGAAUCCUAGUCUGUGUGUUUGCUGAAACGAAAAGCCUCCAGUUUUCCUCUGUGCUUUGAAGACACCAUUAUGAAUGAUUUAUCAUGGGAAGGGCCAAGAGAAGCUUGAAUUCAUUAGAUUGCAAUGGCUUCACAGCUUCAGCUUUAGCAACCUGAAUUAAAUUGGUACAACAAAAAUGUUUAUCGUGAAGUAGAAACCAAUAUUUGAUUCUAAUAUAAUUUUAGCUCUCUGGCCGUAUUUCAGAAAAUAGAAAAGCAAGCUGCUUUUGGGGCUGGCACUGCCCACACCACCGAGCAGAAGCUUGCCCCGAAUCCUUUAUUGCUGCAGAGGCUGCAAAGAGUAUCCUAUGGGGUGUGUAUGACCUGUUCUCUGAAGACGUGCAAGCAUCAGCUUUUCUCAAAUUUACAGCCCCAGCGUGGUGGUUCGAAGCUGUAUGGAACCCAGGAAAACAUCUUAAAUGUAAUCCACUCCUGUGGGUGUGGACGUGUUGUGAGUAGGCCCUCUUGGUGAGGCUGCUUCAGUUAGGAAGGGGGGCCCACUCCGUCAGGAUGGAGCCCUGAAUCAGCGCACUGAAAUUCAGACACAGAGAGGAAGCCACAGAGGCGGCAGCCAGAACCCGGAACCAGCAGAAUCCAGCACAGAAGGGGGAGGCCGGGAGAGGCUGUCACCUGCCCUGCCGUGUGACAGGAGCCCGGGGCCGCCGGCAGCCUGCCCCAGAACCCUGGGCUUCAGGAAGAGAGCAUUGCCUGGAUCUGGAUUUUCCUUUUAGCCUCAAAACCGUAAGCACAUAAAUUCCCAUUGUUUAACCUGACCCAAUUUCACAGUAUUUGCUUCAACAGCCUAGGAAACAGAAACACCUUGGAAUUGGAUGCGAUCACAACAGCUGAAUUAAAAACGAAAUGAUUUAAAUCCAUUUCCAGAGGACUCCUUAGGAAGAUGGGAGAAUGCUCUCCAGGUUGCCCCAUUCUCUGUGCUCCCUGGGAGUGCUUCAUGGGAUUCUCCAGGAGGGGCCCUGGGGGAGGCAGGUGGGCCUACCUGAGGACCUGGCCAUGGGACCCCAGCCCUCUAUAAAGUGAGAUGGUUCCUUCUUGCAGAGCUGUUGUGGGGACUGAGUGAGAAGGAAUGACUCAGAGCACGUUCAAUCCCAGCUGCCUGCAGCACUUUCGUGAAAGAUGGGAAAUAAACAUGCAACAGCUACUUUAGUGCACUGAAUGGUGGCCUUCCAAAAGAUACGUCCACAUAGGCUAACCCCCAGAAUCUGUAUGACUUGAUUUGGGAAAAGGGUCUAUGCAGAUGUAAUUAAGUCACAGACCUCAAGAUGAAGUUAUCCAGAUUUGGGGCAGGCCCUAAAUCCAGUGACAGGUGUCCUUACAAGAGGGCCCCAUCCUGAUCAAGGUGGUCGAGAGAGAAGACUUGAACAGCAAGCAAGAACCAGCAACAAUAUCUUCCUCAGAAGCUCUAGAAAACAGUUAAAGGGUUCCAGUAACAGAGUGAGUGCUCAAUCAAGCAAAAAGCACCUAACAAUGGUGGGAUCUCCUGGCACCCUUGCCGGCCCCUCCUGUGCCCUGCCGCCAGCUCGGUGUGGGGCUGGCACAUGCUUCCAGUGUGGGUCUCUGGUCCUGAUCCUGGAGGGAGCUGAGUAACCUUUGUGCGCACACCAGGGUACAGGCAUGUCUGAGCCCGUGUGGCUGGGGACAGCCUGAGGACUGACCCAGUCACCUGGCACCGGCUCAUCAUCUCAGAACAGCCCUCCUACAAAAUACUGCAGGAGAACAGGCAAGCCCUAGCUGCCUGAGGCAAAGGUUUGCUGGUUACAGGACAGACAGUGCAGCCCUCUGGUCUGUGGGAAACACUGUUCCUUAGGGGAAUGAGGACAUUCAUUAUAUCCAUGGAAAUGGGGAGGGGGGUGUCCUAGGGCCACACACACAUGCCCAGGACAAAAUGCAUGUGCAGAAAAGGCCGAGAGAACCCUACACUUUUGCCUCAGGCUGUUCUCUCAAGUCAUCACUCGGACAGCUAGUCUCAGGGAGCGCACUGGCACAGGCCAGUCUUGCAAGGACUGGGAAAGGUGUUUUCUGUUUCCUUGUCAUAGCCCUUGGCAGUCAAGGAGAGCUCUGUCAUAAUGCUGUGUGGAAACAGAGACCUCAACUUCUACAUUCCAGAGAGAACACAUCAAAAUGUGCAAACUGCAAUGACAGAUUAUAAAACACAGAAAGAAAAAGGAAGCGAUGGCCCAUGCAAAGAAGAAUAAUAUUCACACAUUAGAAACUACCAAUGAGGAGAGCUAGACCUGGGACAUUCCAGGCAAAGACCUCAAAAAAAAUGGUCCUAAACAGGCUUGAAGAGCUAAAGGAAAAACACAAAGAACUAAAGGACAUCAAGAAAAUGACCGAUGAAUACAAAGAGAGUAUCAAUAAAGAGAAAGCAUGAAAAGAACCAGAGUUGAAGACCACAGUAACUAAAACAGAAAGUUCCCCAGAGGGGUUCAACAUCAGAUUGGAGCUGGCAGAAGAAAAAAAUCAGUGAAUUUGAAGAUACGACUAUUGACACUACUCAGUCUGAGCAGCAAGGAAAAAAAAAAAAAAGAAUGAAGACAAGUGAGGAGCCUGAGAGCCUCCGGGACACCAUCCAGUGCACCAAUAUAUGCACUGUGGGAGUCCCAGAGGGAGAAAGAAAGGGGCAGAAAUAAUAGUCAAAGAAAUAACAGCGAAAAACUUACCAAAUUUAACGAAAAACGUGAACAAACACAUCCAAGACAUUCAACAAACUCCCUAAACCAAGCUAUAUCGCAAUCAAACUGUUGAAUGCCAGAGAUAAAAAAUUCUGAAAGGUGCAAGAAAGAAGCAAUAUGCACAUCCCAGGGAACCUCAGGAAGAUUACGUACCAUUUCCUCAUGAGAAACCAUGGCAGCAAGAAGGCAGUGGGAUGACAUAUAAAGUGCUGAAAAGAAAAAAACUGCCAGUCAAGAAUUCUAUAUCCAGUGAAACUGUCUUUCAAAACUGAAGAAGAGAUUCCCAGAUAAACUAAAGCUGAUGUUGCCUGUACCACGACACCAACCCUAGAAGAAAUGCCCAAGGAAGUUCUUCAGGCUGAAAGAAAAGGACACUGGACAAUAGGUCAGAAGCUGAGUGAAGAAAUAAAAGUCUCCAUUAAACGUAACAAGAUGGGUUAAUAUAAAUGCCGGUACUGUGUUGUUUUUGGUAACUUCACUUUUUACUUCUGAUAGGAUCUAAAAUGCAAAUGCAUAAAAAACAAUGAUAAAUCAAUGGCUUUGAACUCAUAAAUGUAUAAACAUGUAAUUUGUGACAAAAACUAUAUAAAGGUGAGGGGUAGAGGUAUGGAGACAUAGAUUGUCUAUGCUGUUGAAGUUACACUGGUAUCAAACUAAACAAGAUUGUUAUUGCUUUAGUAUGUUAAAUUUUAAGUUCCAUGGUAACCACAAAGAAAAUAUCAGAAAAAUAGGCACAGAAGGAAAUGAGAACAGAUUCUAAAAAGUUCACUCCAAUAUAUCAA